CCGUACUUGGCACCGACCACGACGCCUUCCAGUUUUCCACUAUUAAUGAAGAAUCAUUACAGUGUGCAAUUCUACGAUAGUGUCGUUGGAUUCGACGUGUUGGCCACUUCAAUCAACCCAUGGAGAUCCAGUCCUCACAGCGGGCUCAAUCCUGGGGACCUGCUGGAUGUCCAUCUAGUGCGAUGUCGACAUCAUUGUUAUGAGAACAGGCAGUUGUACAUUGAAAAGAGACAUGCUGAUUGCAACGUUUUGGCACUGCCAAAGGUCAUCAUUACAGCGGCUGAGAGAGGAAGCCAACAAGCCCAUUAACAUGAGCAGGGCGCAGUUUGCGGCGGAGAUAGAUCAAAUUGUCACAUCAAUUGAGCCAAAUGCAGAGGUAAAAGCGGAACAUAAAGCUCUAAAGUCUAAAACUAAGCCAGAGAUGGUUGACUUUUUGGACCAACAGAAAGCAAUGCUGGAUGACGAUGACGCCGGUGAGUAUAUCUUUCAUGUUUUUGCAAUUACAUACCUUUUCCAGUAAGAUCUUCCUUCGCUUGAAGGAUUUUGCACGGCUUUCCGGGUCACUUACAUAAUCAACUCGAACGGGCCCCGUGUGAUGGUUGGUAACUGUUCUGGGGGACGGUUCUUCUCCAGCCUUUCUCCACGGUGCUUUGGUCUUUUUCUCCUAUGGUUGAAUUGUCCAUGACAUAUUUCUUCAUUAGAAUUAUUGUUCAGUUUGUAAACAUUCGAUCAU